GAGAAAGAGGAGAGAUCUACAGUUGGAAGGCGAUCGGCAGAUGGUGCGCCUCCGAGGUGGACAAGAAUCUGAAUAUCAAGAGGAUUAUAAACUGUCCGGUUAUUCCUCAUAAGCCAAAAGUGCCACCCAUGGGUUCCGCCAUUACGACCACAGCUCCAAGUGAACAGCCACUAGUGAACGCCACGGCAUGUGUUCCCUUCCGAUACGGUGGAGAAAUCGUGAGUGGAUGUGUUGGCGAAGAAGGGAAGUGGGCCAUAAUUGAGGUAGUGGGAGAAGGAGGAGUGAUGAGAGGGUGGACAGUGAAGGGCAAAUGGUGCGCCACAGAAGUAGACGAGAAUCAGAAUGUCGCAUCAAUUACAACCUGCACAACCGUCCCUGGCGAAGUGUGCGUUCCCUUCCGAUACAAAGAUGAAAUCUUAUGUGAUUUCUGGAACAGGACCCAACUUCCCAAAAUGGCAGGGUCAGAGAAAACAAUUGUCAUGCAUGUUAUAUAA